UUUUCCCCGCCUUUUCUUUCUUACAAACAAUAAUUAACAAAAAAAAAAAACCCUAAUCAGUAAUCCCCAUUCUCAGAUAAAAAUAAAAUACCCUAAUUUUGUUUCCAAUCAAUUAGUAUAAUCAAUAAAAUGGCGGCAGGCAGAUUAAUCUCCCGGAAUUUACGAACCAUUGUUACUCGGUCGUUAAUUUUCCGUGACAAGAAUAACUUCAUUCCAAUAAUAAAACGAAAUUAUUUUCACUCUCUUCAUGAUUUACACAACACCAAGGUGGUAACAGGUCAAGCAAAACUGCAAAGUCCUGUUCUUAAUCCAUACACACUUCAAAGAUUUGGACUAUCGUCAAAUGCAUCUCCAGAAUCCAAUGAAGAUGGAAUUUCCCAGAAGGCGGAAGAAACGGCAGAUAUUGCCAAUGAUACGGAAGAAAGUCCAGAUGCUGGAAAUUCUGAUAAGACAGGUACCUCUGGUCUGGAAGAAGAAGUGUCGAGUUCAGAUGAGGAAGAGCUGUCAAUGGAGGAUAUGGUCAAACUUGUUGCUGAGAAAGACAAACUAUUGAAGGCAAAGCAUGAUGAGAUUGCAAAGAUAAAAGAUAAUGUACUUCGAACAUAUGCUGACAUGGAGAACGUAAUGGGGAGGACUAAAAGAGAAGCGGAGAACUCGAAGAAGUAUGCAAUACAGAUUUUUGCAAAGAGCUUGCUGGAUGUUGCAGAUAAUUUGGGUAGAGCUUCUUCCGUUGUCAAAGAGAGUUAUGAUAAGAUCGAUACAUCUGAAGACGGUGCUGGAGCCGUGCCGCUUUUGAAAACGUUGCUUGAAGGUGUUGAGAUGACUGAAAAACAACUAGCAGAGGUUUUCAAGAAAUUUGGGGUGGAAAAGUAUGAUCCCACAGAUGAACAAUUUGAUCCCAAUAGGCAUAAUGCGGUGUUUCAGGUACCAGAUGCAACCAAGCCUCCUGAUACUGUUGCGGUUGUGCUAAAGGCAGGAUACAUGCUACAUGAUCGAAUUCUUCGCCCAGCUGAAGUUGGUGUGACCAUAACUGAGGAGGAAAAAGAUGCAAGCAGAGAAUCAGAAACUUAAGAUACAACAGCCAAAAUUUCAAGCAAGUUUGAAGUUUUGAUCAAUGGAAUUUUUGAUGGGAUUUAGGGAGAUGCAUUGCAUGCGGGGUGGAGGCAGUCUUGUUUAUAUUGUUACUUUGCUAACAGUAUCAAUGGUUUCUGCUCAAGUGGUUUGAACUAUCAAAAUAAUCUACAAAUCUGGAGCUUGAACUGUUCAUGAAUGCCCGUAUUUUGAAUUGGUGUUUAAGUGUGCAUGUGUUUUUGCAGGCGGCUUGUUUCUUCUCUCUUUAGAAAUUCAUAUAAAAACACAUUUAACAUAUAAACAGACCUCUUGACCUGUAUCAUUUUUUUGAGAAAGACAUUUUGAUGAAUCACCUUAGAAGGAACAAGUAAACCCUUCAAACAA